UUCUCAGCGGAGGGGCAGGCAGCAGCGUCGCAGCGUUACAACAAGAGCGGCUUUCGGGCUUUGUUUUGUGGCUGUGAAUGAGCUCCAUCACCCACUUCAGAAAUGUGGACGGAUAUAAGAACAUUGCUACUUUUUUAUUCGUUAGUCCUGAGGAUUUAUUUUUCCGAAGCAACGGAUGAGUGUGAGGAUGGACAGUUUCAGUGUAACAACAAAAGGUGCAUACCGACAAUCUGGAGGUGCGACGACGAUGACGACUGCUCAGACAACAGUGAUGAAGAAAACUGCCCCAGGAAGACCUGUGCCCCUGCAGAGUUUGCCUGCUUAAAUGGCCAGUGUGUCCCGGGACGUUGGCGAUGCGACGGAGAGCCAGAGUGUCCCGAUGGCUCCGAUGAGGCAGAGGAGACCUGCAGCAAACAGACGUGCCCUCCAGAGAAAUUUGACUGUGGGGGAUCCACCAACAAGUGUGUCUCGUUGUCAUGGAGAUGUGACGGGGAGAAGGAUUGUGAGAACGGGGCUGACGAGGAGAAUUGUGCGUCUGAUGCCAAGGCCUGCCCCAGCGGUGAGUUCAUGUGUGCCAACCGCAAGUGCUUGGCCUUCGUCCACGUGUGCGACGGUGAUGACGACUGUGGAGAUGGCAGCGAUGAGCUCAAGUGUACCUCCCCUCUGACCUGCGGGCCCAACCAUCUCCGCUGUAACACCUCGGAGUGUGUGCCGCUCAUUUGGAGCUGUGACGGAGACCCCGACUGCUCCGACAGUUCGGAUGAGGGGCCGGAGCGCUGCGGCGGUGACGGGGUCCCGUAUCUACCUAACCGCCGAACAAACUGCACUGCUGGGGAGUUUCGCUGCGCAAACGGGGAGUGUGUGCGGCUAACCUGGAAGUGUGAUGGAGAUCCAGACUGCAAGGACAAGUCUGAUGAGUCUGACUGUCCCCUGUUGACGUGCCGUCCCGAUGAGUUCCAGUGCGGUGAUGGUUCCUGCAUCCAUGGCACCAAGCAGUGUAACAAGGUCCAUGAUUGUCCUGACCGCAGCGAUGAAUCUGGUUGUGUCAAUGCAACCAAAUGUGAGGGACCCCUGAAGUUUCUGUGUAAGAAUGGAGAGUGCAUUGAUAGCUCCAAGGUGUGCGACUCUCUCAAGGACUGCAAGGACCGAUCAGAUGAGCCCAAGAAGGAAUGCGGGCUGAAUGAGUGUAUGAUCAACAACGGCGGCUGCUCCCAUGUCUGCAUGGACCGACCAAUCGGCUUUGAGUGCCAGUGCCCCACUGGCUACCAGCUACUGGACAAAAAAACUUGUGGUGACAUUGAUGAGUGUGAGAACCCUGAUGCUUGUAGCCAGAUCUGCAUCAACUACAAGGGAGAUUUCAAAUGUGAAUGCUAUGAAGGCUAUGAGAUGGACCCUGUUACUAAGACCUGUAAGGCAGAAGGGAAGAGCCCUUACUUGCUGUUCACAAAUCGGCAUGAGAUCCGCCGCAUUGACCUGGUGAAAAGGGACUACAGCCAGGUGGUGUCCACCCAGAAGAAUGCUGUGGCUCUGGAUCUGGACGUGGCCAACAAUCGUGUCUUCUGGUGCGAUCGCUUUCACCGGAAAAUCUACAGCGCCUUCAUCCAUGAGGCCAGUGACCCCUCUCAGCAGGUGCCGCUGCUGGACUCUUUAUUGCAGACCCCUGUGGGUCUGGCUCUGGACUGGCUCCAACACAACCUGUACUGGGCCGACUCCGGCGACAAAUCCAUUUCCGUGGCCUCAGUGGACGCCACCAAGAGACGCGUCCUCAUCAACACCGACCUGAGUGAACCCCGGGCCAUAGCGCUGGAUCCCCACCACGGCUUUAUGUACUGGUCAGACUGGGGCACACGAGCCAAGAUAGAGAAGGCCGGGAUGAAUGGAGUGGACCGACAGGUGCUGGUGGCUGACAACAUUGAAUGGCCCAAUGGCAUCACGCUUGAUGUAGCCAAUAGGCGUCUGUACUGGGUAGAUUCAAAAUUGCACCUUAUAGCCAGUGUGGACCUGAAUGGAGCUCACCGCAGAACACACAUGUCGUCCGCAGAGAGACUGGGACACCCCUAUGCUCUGGCUGUUUUUGAGGAUCGUAUCUACUGGACAGACAGAGACAGGGCGGCGGUCUUCAUGGCCAACAGGCUGACUGGACAAGACAUCCACACGCUGGCUGAAAACCUCAACGACCCCCAUGACAUUGUGGUCUUCCACCAGCUCCGCCAGCCGCAAGGCCCAGACAGCUGUAAUCUGGGCAGUGUGGCCAAUGGAGGCUGUGCGUACUUGUGUCUAAAGGCUCCACAGAUUACCGAACACUCACCCAAAUACACCUGUGCCUGCCCCGACGGGCAGGACCUGGGUCCUGAUAUGAGGGGCUGUGUGCCAGCAGUGCCAAGAAAGGACAUGACACCUACAUCCUCCCUUCCUACUGGAUUUAUACCUGGCAACAGAGCAACUGUUGGAGAAGACUUUCCACCCCCCUCAGGGGGAGUAUCGCAGGCAGACGCCACCCCCCACUUGACCACAGCUCCCUCUGGUGCCCCCGAGCUCCUCACACCCUUCUCCACUCUUAAGCCUUUGUCGUCAAAAGAGUCAAAAGCACUCGGCUCUCACUACACCGCCACCGCUAUGGUCAUCUCCACCACAGCUGUGGGGGACAGCAGCGUCUCUCAACACUCUGGAAAUGAGCAUUUCCUCCUGGGCGAGAACCUGACAGUGGCUGUUUUGGGAGUGGUCAUCCCCAUCGUCCCUAUCGUUGCCACAGUGGUGUUCGGCCUGGUGUGCGCCGGAGUCUACCUGGUGUGGCGCAACUGGCGGCGCGACUCCACCAAGAGCAUGAACUUUGACAACCCCGUCUACCGCAAGACCACUGGCGAGGGCGAGGAGGAUGAGAUCCACAUCGGACGGACUGACGGCAUGGGACACCACACGCACCAUCACCCGUACCCACAGGGUGUCAACAUGGGCAUUGUGGGAGCAGGAGGUGGCACAUGCCCGCAGUUCAUUGCCCUGCCACUUGGGGGCAACAUGCCUGAUCCCGGGACUCACUGGUACACAGAGCAGCCCAUGCUCUCCACUGCGAAGUGACGCACAAGAGCAGAAUCAGGGGAAGAUGGCCGCUCAGGCACACGCACACACAGCGAGGUCACAGGUGACUUGGACUGAGUUUGCAGAAGGUACGAACAACAUAUCACAAAGUGUUACAUGCAGCCAUUUACAGCCAUGUCCUAUGCCAAUUUCCAUUUGUAAAACAGCAGAGUUAAUAAGACCAACAUGAUUCUUUGAAAAAUCCUUUCUACCUUUUCUGUGCUGGAGCUGGAUUUUCGUUUUUUUUUUCAGUAAAGCUGAGAAUUAUUUACGGAGUUAUUAAAGUGUUAUGUGUUCCCAACAUUGACCUAAACUAGAAUAUGGAGUCAGACUGGUUCCUGUUUUUGAGUUUUUUGCAUUGAUAACUGAGUGAGGUGUGUGCUGUGUGUCCUAUAUUUUGUGACAGGGCUGGUGAGAGGUUCUGUUUCGUCCUUGAUGUAUUAAUUUGGGCUUUGUGUUAUUCCUGGUGGGCUGUAGAGCUCUGGGAACGCUGUUUAGGAAGGAGGAGCUCCGAAAUUGGGAAGGCAACUGCGUUGAUGGGACAAUCUGUACAGAUUCAUAUUAGAAUCACUCACAAAUCUUAUAAAUGUCACAACUGGAGCUGUAUUUUUUAAGUUUUCCUGGAUGGGUUUUAUUUUGUAAAGAAGUUUCCUUUCUGAUUGAUUUUUUAAAGAAAGGUUACCACCCACAUUAUGUGUUUUCUCUCCAGUUCAAAGGCAAACCUUUUUAAGAUUGAGUUGUCCAACAUUUUGGCGUGCAGUUUUUAUUUAACCUCCUAACACCCGGAGAGCAGGUUUGCGGAGUGGAACGGGGAACAUUGAGACAUACAAGUAUUUAGACCUAUGAGCGAGAGGAUGUGAGGUUAGGUAGAAGGGAAUUUUGCGCAGGAGUUGUGUCUUAUUGUGACUUGUUUAGAUGUUAAAUGGUUUGAGAAAAGCAAUAGACUCUAGCUUUUAGUCAGGCUGCAGUGUUUUGUGGUUGACAACAAUCCUUGAGUGUUAAGAAUUUUAUUUGAUCACCCGCUUUUGACUGUGACAAAUGCACACAUAAAUACACACGGGGUGCAAUGACAGCAUUCACGCUGCUCUCCAGAGGACAGAGACAAUGUGCACAUGCCCCCCGAAAACACAAACAGCAUGCAUAAUUGCUCACCAGCUGACAACGCAGCCAUUCAUUGUUCCAGGCAA